AUGGGAUUUAAAUCUCCAUCGUUCUAUUUCCUUUCUGCCACUCUCAUGUUCAUUCUGACGGCAUCGGCUGGCCCGAUUCCAUCCAGUAUCCCUUCCAAUCCCUCAUACUACAGCAUAUCUUCUACAGCCGCAGAAUGUGCAGCUCCCACGCAAACUGCCCAAACACAAUCACAGCCAUCUUUGGCUCCGAAUUCCCACGCCAUCUCCGAGUCUCAGCUCCUCCAGAUUGCUCCCAGCUCCGGUUCCUGCUCGGGAGCCACCUUCGCAGACGAAUGCCGAACAGCCGCUCAAGCCGUGCCAUUCAUCAAUCAGGCAUUUGAAACGUACCGUAUCACAUCAGCAGGCGAGAGAGCUGCCGUUCUCAGCAUCAUGGCUCACGAGAGCGGCGAAUUUAAAUAUAAUCGGAAUCAUUAUCCCGUGCCUGGAAGGCCCGGUCAGGGAACUCGCAAUAUGCAGAUGCCGAAUUACAACCUUCUGUACGCUCGCUCGAUCCCGGCGCUUGCAUCUCAAGUCCAACAGAGCUCUUCUGGGAACGACGUUGCCAGCUUCACGCCAGAUCGAUUGAAUGCUGUUCUUGAAUUGGUCAUGCCUGAUCAGUAUUCUUUUGCCUCCGGAUCCUGGUUUCUGACUAGUCAGUGUACAGAUGCGGUGCGUCAAGGACUUCAGAAGGGCGAUCAGAAUGGAUUCGGUGAUUUCAUUAACGAAUGCGUGGGCACGACACCUUCGGCUGACUUGUAUACGUAUUGGGAGCGUGCUAUGGAGAUUUUAGAGACAGGUGAUUAG